AUGGCAAGCUGGUUUUUCGAGCCGAUUAUGUCAAAGGUGGGGGAAAUAAUAUCGGGUGAUGCAUACAACACUGUGAAAAAUAUAAUCAACUUUGAGCCCAAUCGAAAAGAUCUGCAGAAAAAUUUGAAUGCAUUGUGUGCUAAGGCAUCUGAUGUUGAGGAAAAAAUCAGGAACUCAGAGCGUUCAGGUCGAAAGAAAAGGAAACGUGAAGUUGAGGAGUGGUUGGAAGAAGUGAGGUCCAUUGAAAAUCAAGUUGUUGAGUUAAGGACUCGAGUGGAAUUGGAAGGAUUUACUAUCAGAUUAACGGAUGGAGAGUUACCAGCUAAACUAAAUGUUGAGGUUGACAAGCUUGUUGAGCAAAGUCGGGAUUUUGGUGAACUUGUCCUUGAUGUUUGUGGAAGUAGGGGAGAUAAGUUGUUGACAAAUGAGAUGGUUGGUGAAGCUUUUAAUAAAAAUUUGGAAAAGAUUUUGAAACAUUUGGAGAGUGAGCAAGUGUGGAGAAUUGGUGUUUAUGGCAUGGGUGGUGUGGGCAAAACGACACUGGCAAAGCACAUUAACAAUCGACUCCUCCAACAAUCUCAGGGACGUGUGAUUUGGGUUACAGUCUCUCAAGAAUUUAGUGUUACGACUUUACAAGAUAAAAUUGCUCGUUUUAUAAGUUUGGACUUUGGGGGUGAGGAUAAUGAAGAGUUGAGGGCGGGGAGACUCCAUACAACUUUGUCUCAGAUGAAGAAUUCAGUGCUGAUAUUAGACGAUGUCUGGGAAAAUAUCGAUUUAUUAAAGGUUGGAUGUCCCAUUUCUGUUGAGUGUUGUAGGCUGUUUAUAACUACUCGCUCCUUAGAAGUGUGUCGUCAAAUUUCUUGCCAAAAAUUGAUUCCAGUGCAAACUCUACAUCGUCACGAGGCAUGGAAAUUGUUUAAUGAAACGCUACGAAAUGAGAUAGAACUUGAUUCUUCGGCAGAAGAGAUUGCGAGAUCUGUGGUGGAAUUGUGUGGUGGUCUGCCCCUAGCAAUUGUUACAGUGGCUGGAAGCAUGAGGGGCGAGAGAGCCAUUCACACAUGGAGAAAUGCUUAUGAAGAACUAACAGAACGUGUUUCAGGGAAAGCUGGCUCAACUAUAUAUAGUUUUGAUCGGUUGGAAAGGAACCGUCAUGGUCAGACUAAUGAACUCAGUACAUUGCAACAUUGUUUCCUCCAUUGUGCGUUAUAUCCUGAAGAUGAAGAAAUAGAGAGAGAGGCUUUGGUUAGAGAGUUCAUUUCAGGAGGGUUGGUGGAUGAAAGAAAGACAAGGAGAAUGCAAGUUGAGCAAGGACAUUCCAUAUUGGAUAAAUUAGUGAAUGUAUGCUUAUUGGAAAGUUGUGUUGUUCCCGGGAGGUUUGAUCCUACGGAAUGUGUGAAGAUGCAUGAUCUUGUAAGAGGUAUGGCAUUGAAGAUAUGUGAGGGGAAAUAUAUGGUAAGAGGAUCUGGAAAAUGGGCAAAGGAUCUGGAGAAGGUGUCCUUAAUGAAAGGUGGCAUAAUGAGAAUUGAAGGAGGAUUAUCUCCCGAUUGUCCUAAGCUCUCAACAUUGAUUUUACGGGAUAAUGCUUGUUUGGAAUUUAUUCCAGAUUCAUUCUUUUCUAAAAUGCAAGGACUAAGCACUCUUGAUUUGAGCCAGACUAGCAUAAAAAUGCUGCCAAACUCAAUCUGUGCCAUGAAGAGCCUCAAGGCAUUGCUCCUUAAGUCGUGUCGGAGGAUAAAAGAUGUGCCGUACUUGGGAGAGAUGAAAGAACUCAGGGAGUUAAACAUCUCGCAUACAGCUAUCAAGGAAGUUCCUGGAGGAGUUGGAGAAUUAUUCAAUCUCAAAUUCCUUGCACUGAAUGUGCGUAACCUAAAGAUGCUUCCAAAAGGAUUGUUUCUUAAACUUGGGAAUCUACAGCACUUAGAAUUACCACUCCGUAUGCAAGUAGUAAUUGAAGAAAUUGAGAAUCUGAAUCUGUUAGAGGAGGUUAGUGGAAGAUUCAAAAAUGUUAAUGAAUUUAAUUCUCUUAUUACAAGUUGGGGAAGUCGGGUGCAUGACACUUGCUACACAAUAGUAGUGGGAACGUAUCAUAGAAGUUUCUAUGCACGAAGAGGAGAAUAUUAUAAUCCACAGUUGCUGUUGUCCGCAUGCAACCUUGUAGAUGAGAGAGUAUUAGCAGAGGGAAUUGUGCAUCUAACAAUCAGUAAACCUGAAAGUCCGAGCAUAUACUCUGUGGAAGGAUUGAAAGGGUUGAUCGAAAAGCCGGAAAUAGGAGCGUUAUCUACAUUUGUACAACCUAAGUUUUCCUCUCUGACAAUGCUAAGAAUUGAAAAGUGUAACAAAAGCAAGAUGAGGAUACCACUAUCUGGAGUUCUGAACAUUGAAGUUAUUGAUAUCAGCAAGUGUGAAGAAAUAGAAGAGAUAUUCGAAGAUGAAGGAACAAGUUCUCUCACCCUCCCUAAAUUAAAAAUCUUGUGGUUAGAUGAGCUGCCAAGACUGAGGAAGGUGGGGAUACAACUAUCUGGUGUUCCCAGCAUUCAAGUUAUCUCUGUGAGAAAGUGUGGAGAAAUAAAAGAGAUAUUCGGAGAUAAAGGAACAGGUUCCCUCACCCUAUCUAAACUAAAAUACAUACAGUUAGAUGAGCUGCCAAAACUGAGGAAGGUGGGGAUACUACUAUCAGGAGUUCCCAACCUCGAAGAUAUUUAUGUGAGAACGUGUGGAGAAAUAGAAGAGAUAUUCGGAGAUGAAGGUUCAAGUUCCCCCACCCUCCCUGAAUUAAAACAGUUGGAUUUGCAACAGCUUCCAAAACUGAAGAGUCUAUGCAAGGGAACAAAUGCCAUCAUUUGCAACUCUAUAAAAGAUAUCUUCAUAAAAAAGUGCCCAAGAUUGAUGAGCAAACUUCCUGUGGUUGUGGAUUCGGCAGUGCCUCGACGAUGUCAGAUAAUGGUAGCGGCAGUUGGUGGCGGGUGA